CCCCUCCCCCCGGCUCCGCAUCGCCGCGGCCGGAGCCCACGCCAACCGUGCCGGCGCUCGGCCGAGGAUGCUCCGGGGCUUUUGUCCCCCCGCGGCAGCCUUCGGGAGCACUCUCGUCCUGGGUCGGUGAAGGUUCUUUCUCCCUCUUUUCCCCCAACCCUUCAUCCCUCCCCGGCGAGGCAGCCCGCCCAGGAGGGCUUUAACAUCAGUCAUCUCCUUGCGGUGGGUGAAGUUGCUGCCAUGCCCGCUGCUGGGUCCCGGCGCACCGGGAGUGGCGGGGAGCCGGAUUUACCGGGGAGUUGUGCUGCAGACAAUGCACAGCAGCAGCAGCAGCAGCAUCUGGAGCAGCCCUGGGGACUGGAGCUCCGGUUUUGACAUUGCUACACACACACACCACCAGCCGCAAUGACAGCAGCUGCCUGGAGUGGCUGCAGGCAGCAGGCAGGAGCAUGAAGUGAAGAGAUCACUGCAGUGCUCAAGAUGAACUCCUCCUUGGUUGGCAACCAGAGUGGCCGGCCGUUCUGUCUCCUGGCCAUUAGCUAUUUGGAGACCAUCAAUUUUUGCCUCCUGGAAGUGGUUAUUAUUGUGUUCCUCAUGGUGCUGAUUAUUUCGGGCAACAUCAUUGUGAUAUUUGUCUUUCACUGUGCACCUCUGCUGAACCACCACACCACCAGCUACUUCAUCCAGACUAUGGCGUAUGCUGACCUCCUGGUGGGCGUGAGCUGUCUGGUGCCUUCUUUGUCUCUGCUGCACUAUCCUAUUGUUUUAAGUGAGUCCUUGGUUUGCCAAAUCUUUGGUUAUGUGGUAUCAGUGCUGAAGAGCGUCUCCAUGGCCUCUUUGGCAUGCAUUAGUAUUGACAGAUACAUCGCCAUCACGAAGCCGCUGACCUACAACACGCUGGUGACCCCAUGGAGACUUCGAAUCUGCAUACUGAUCAUUUGGCUCUACUCCUGCCUGGUCUUCUUACCCUCCUUUCACUGGGGAAAGCCUGGAUAUCACGGGGAUGUGUUUCAGUGGUGUGCCAAUUCCUGGAACACCGAUCCCUAUUUUACGCUCUUCAUUGUGGUGAUGCUCUACGCCCCGGCUGCUUUCAUCGUCUGCUUCACUUACUUCAACAUCUUCCGCAUCUGCCAGCAGCACACCAAGGAGAUCAACGAGAGGCGAGUGCGCUUCAGCUCUCAGGAUGGGGAGGCUGGGGAGGCACAGCCCUGCCCGGACAAGCGCUAUGCCAUGGUUCUUUUCCGCAUCACCAGUGUCUUCUACAUCCUCUGGUUGCCCUACAUCAUCUAUUUUCUGCUGGAGAGCUCCAAUGUCUAUAGUAACCGCGUUGCGUCCUUCUUGACCACUUGGCUUGCCAUUAGCAACAGCUUCUGCAACUGUGUUAUUUACAGUCUCUCCAACAGUGUCUUUCAGAAGGGGCUUAAACGGCUCUCGGGGGCUAUUUGUGCCUCUUGUGCUAGACAGAGGGUAGCUAAGGACUCCUCUACCUCUAGGAGCAAAAGAUCUUCCAAUGGAUGUCAUGUCUAAGACUCCUAUCAGCUGGACUGGGAAGUGCAGGGACAAUUCCAUAAAUAGCAAAAAUAAGUUAAAUAUGAUUUUAAGAUGUCCAGAUUUGCAAAAAGGUCUCUGAGAAAUGCUGCUGACAUAGAAGAAUCAGGAGCACAUAUCAGUGUGGCUAAAAAAUAUUGCUGUGGAGGAGGCUGUGGAGUUUCACCUCCAUAUUCAUUUUUAAGAAUAAAGCUGUAUCUUGACACUUACCUCUCCAGCUGGUGUGACUGAAUGGAGUGGGUGUCUGAGAGCUUCAGCAAAAUGUAGUCUUUCUUACAGCUUUACUAGGUUCUUUUCAAGAUUCGUGCUUCACAUGUAAAUGAUAGAUCUGAAGUGGAAAUGUCACAGUAUAUGGUAUAUCACAGGGAUUUUUUUAAUAUAUGCCAAAGUAUAUUGACACAGUGUUCCAGCAUCGUAACAGAAGGGGCCAAACAGUGUUGUUUAUUCAGUGCUAUCUAGACAGGACUUCUAGAACAGCAGUGACCAGUGUGAACAUUUGAGCGUGACCUUAGGGUCCUACUGAGCCGUGAGGGCAGCGAUGCGAGCCGAAGUCCUGCGCUUAGGAGAACUGCCCUGGCUUCCCUGCCUCGUUGCUCUGGUAGGAGGCAUGUGUGCCAUCAGAGCACAGCAUCUGCAUUUCCCUGUUUGCUGGGAAGGAAGAAGAAAAACUUGGAUCAGACCAAAUUUAGCAGUUAAAUAAAAUGUGUUUGGAUAAGCUAAGAGAAAAUACGUGUUGCUUUAUGAUACCAGAGUUGUGGCAGCCACUUGAGGAUGAUGCCAACAUGUGAAAUUAUGCUCAAACCAGUGGAGAAAUGCCACAGUUUUGUAUGUGGAAAUUUUCUCAAGAACAACUUUAAAAAUAACAUGUCCCUUUUUUUUUUUUUUAAUCUAAAUUCUUCUGAUAUUUUACAUACUAGAACUUAAGGGGAAAGGAAAGAAAACAAUUGUCUUCUAAACAGCUAAGGGAACUAUGCUGUAAAUUUAACUGUAGUAUUUGAGUUAUUCAUAAGUGCACAGAGCUAAAUCAGAGACAUUUUUCUUUAGCCUUCAUGGGAUUAAAGAUGGUUCGAAUAUAGCAAGAGCUAAAUCCUGUUAGCAAAGGCAUAUCUAACUGGUCAAAGUCAGUGUCUGAGAAACAACCUCAUUGACCACAGCUUUUUCAAGCUAGCUGAGGUUAAAUCUCUGCGAGUACUGUAAUGCUGUUAAGAAGGCACUAUGCCCCUCCAAUUGGUUAGUUUAUCCUAAGGAAUAUCCUUGUCUUUUUACUGAUGCCAUACUGGAAAGUGAAAGUGAACCAAGUAUUCCUGUAAGAACGGAUUACAGCCUGUGUUGUCUUAUCUCACCCUGUGCCUGGCACAGGGAUAUCCCCCACCACCCCUCUGGUUGGAGAGCAGGUUGCACACCGUGACCGUCCGCAGUUUAUUCCCUUCCUCGUGCUUCCAGUGGGUACACUGGGCUGAGCCAUGGGAAUUCUGUGAGCUUGUGGGUUACAGGUGGUGUGUGCUGUUAAAGCAGAAAUGGAAAAAUACUAGGGAAAAUGAUGUGGGUGUUUUUGGGAUUGGGGUCAUUCUCUUGGCCAAAGGGAAGACUGUAUUUUUGAUUUCAGGUCUAACUUGUUACGGACCGAGAUCAUCCUCUUCUUAGUACCCUGUCCCUCCUGCAAGCAUACACAUACCCUCCUCUCUGGUGUGCUGUGAGCCCUGGCUUCUCAUCUUCCGUGUGUUGCCCUGGAGGACAACAGUUUGUAUCUCUGUCCUGUCACACAUGGAUUGCUACAGACCGUCCUCCUUGCUGCCCAUCCGCAUUACUCCAGUAUGGUCUUGUGAGGCUGCUGGUGAGGAGAGCAGCAGGAUGGCUGGCAUGGCUUGUACUUGUCAGUGCUCAUCGCUGAUAGACAUGAGUUCCUCUUACCGAUGUGCAUGUGAGGCUGAACCCCCUGCUGUUGCUGCCUAGUUUUGGCUUGACAGCUCCGUUACAAGGAAGCUUUAAGCCAUCUCUUGGUCUGCUUUCAACAUAUUUUAUCCAUAGUUCAAACCUCUCAAGAUAAACUUCCUCUAUAGUUGAUCUGAAAUGGUAAGAACAAAGGUUGUCUAAACCCUGGUGCCUUCACCAUGACAUUUCUUGUUAUCUUUUUGAAUUAAGGCAGUAUCUAGAGCCAGGGCUUAUGCUGUGAUCCCUGCACAGCCAUGGGAGAGCUGAUCUGUUUUGCAGAGCUCUCUCAGUCUGGGUUUUGGUUAUAGAGACACAGACAGCCGUGGAGGGGACAGAGUGUAAGGGUGUAGUGAGUCAUUUAUAAGUGGUAUAAUAAGCUCACAGCACAUCAGCUGGCUAAUUGCUCUCGGGUGUUUUGCAGGUAUUAUGGCAAAGGUGGGCUUUGGGGGACAAUUUAAGGGCUUUAGUCACUAAUAUCAAAGUGUGUGUGUGUGGUAUUUUUGGAACAGCCUCUCAGGUAAACUCCCAAUAGCUUUUUCUCUGACUCUUCACCUUAUCUAACAUUUCCAAGGCUUUGAAGUGAUGCAAUUUAUAAUUGAAAUAGUAUUUGAUUAAACUUAAUGGAAGAAAAGCAUGUGCUAGGGCCUAAACCACUAAAAAUGGCAGUUUCAGGGUUCGGUGGGAGCUGGAGAGCAAAGAUUGUUGCUUUUUAUUUUACAUUUUCAUGGCAUGAAUAGAGGGUUUAAAUAGAAGCAUUUUGUGCUAGUUCUUGAGAAUAUGGAAAAUACUAUAAAGUAGGAAGGAGUCUAACUCAUGGCAUAGAGAUUUAACUCGAGACGAAGCAGUUGCUGCUUCAAGCUAUAAGACUAGAAUUGUACUUGAAGCGUAGUGUUUGUUGCAGAUGCAGAUGCAUGCUUGCAGCUGUUGUUGCUUUGCAGCUAAGGUUCGCUUAUAACAUUCCUGACAGCCAGGCUUUUGUUCAGUUGCCUUACUCAUCUCAGAGUCUUCAUCAGCUCAGAUGUGAGAGGUGAAAAUCAGGAUCUGGAAGCCUCCAAGACGAGUUGCAGCCAAUUGAUGCAUUCAAGUUUCCUCCAGUGUUUGUACAGACACUUUUGCCUCAGCAUCUUAGUGUUAGUGUCAAAUAUUUCUCUUUUUUUCCAUGUUAAUUUAUUGAUUUUUUAAAAAAAAAACUUUAAAUUACUUUUGUCUCUAAGUUAAUUUAAUGUUGAUCUAGGUUUGUCUGUGAUUACAUGUUUUAAAUACUCACAGCAUCUGAGUCUGUUAUCUUCAGUGCAAUUGCACAGGGUGAAUUUUGUUCACAGUGCCAACCGUGGAAGAGAUGAUUGUGAACUACAUUACCUUGUUUGCUCAGCAGACCAUUAACAUCCUUUGUCAUGCAGUUAACACGAGGCACAGUAGGUCCUUUUCAUCACAGUCUGCACUAUGAAUUGUUUUCGGCAGCAAACUUUCCAGUUGGAUCAUUUUCAUCCCUGUAUAUAUGAAACUAAUCCUUUCUUGGCUAUAUUUGUAUGCAAGUGUGCCUCGUGCUUUCAAAAUUGGUAUCAAGAGCAUUGCACAGAGAAAUGCCACACCGAGGAGAAUAUAGAAAUCACAUCUUCAUAAGAAUUGUGUGUUGUGAUAUGAUUUAAAUGAACUAAUUUUGAAGUUCUAUCUCAGAUUAUAAUUUCUUUAUUAUUUAAUUAGGGUUAUCUGCCUCACUUUCCAAUUAAGCUGCUAGAAGGUUCAAUUUGCAGUUCAGUGGCAUGUUUGUAGUACCAUGGGAAGGAUUUCUAUAUGCACAACUUCUCAGAAGGUGAUCGUUUGCUUCGUGUUGGUUUUUUGCUUUCAAUAGAAAGUUUACUGGAUGUUUAGUUUAUGAUUAUAUUAUUAUUUUCCAAAUAGAUUGGGAGAAAAUCUGUGAAAUACUGUUUUAUUUUAUAAUCACCAAGUGACAGGUUUUUUUUAACUUAACAGUAUCUUUUGUGUGAAACGAGUGUUUUGCUGUUAGGUUUGUUUUAUUAAAUGUUACCAGUUUCUGCAGUAUUUUUUAUGGGUUUUAGGGGGUUUUGUACUUGUUUUUAAGCUUCUUAUCACUCCGAAAUCUGUUUCUCCUUGUGGGAAUUCUGUGUGCCAAGGGGCAGUCAUGAAUAUUUGUCACAGAUCUUUGACAAGAGGAAAGUGGUCCAAGGUACUGAGGCACAGAGAAUCACAACAGGGGCACGAGGUUGUGCAGAGUCUGGCUUAGAGCAGACCUGGAUGAGGAUUUCCAGAUGUCAGACUCAUGCUGCAUCUCUAUGGCGUUGUUCUUUUCCUGCUCAUACAAAGGUUUUACCUGUAAGAAGUCCUAAAUUUCAUUAGUUUCUGUUCUGGAAAAGACGCUUCCAAGGCCUGUGUGUGGUGCGAGAUGGAAACACUCAGUAUUUAAUCAGCGGAGUUUUCCUUGUGGUGUUACCAAGUGCUGUGAUGAUAACGUGUACUGAACCUUCAUGAGUCAGGUAGUCUGAAACAUUUCAGUCUGAUCUUGCUCUACAUCAGGGUUUGAAGUUGGCAGAACUUCUAAUUCAGGUUGGUGCUUUAUAAAACAUAUUUCUUAGGGACUAAUAUCUGAGCAGAGGAGUCUACCUUCAUACAUAACAAACAGAAGGUGCAUUUAAAAUUCUUCCAUUACUUGAUUCAUCUAGUAUAGUUAAUUUUAAUAAGAGGAGGUAGAGGUCUUGGAGGGCUUUUGUGUUGUUUCAACACAUUUUUGGUUCUGUGUACUUGAAGCACCUGCUGAACCAUUUGCCUGACCUGGCUCUUAUUUCGUUGUUUAGUUUAGGUUCUUCCUAAAGUUCUUCCCUUUUAUGACUUUGCAGAAUACAAAGACAUGUCCUUUCUGUGGUGUCAUUCAGGAUAGACUUGGAUUUUACCUCACUACAACACCAUCUGAAGUUGGCAAAGCACAUGUUUGUAAGUGAUGUUCUGCUGAGAUCCAAGAGGUCUGCAGGCCUCUGUGGUUUUUAUACUCAAAUGCAGGAAGAGUCGCUAUCUUCCCUUCUGCAAAUUAAAGAAUGGACACUGCAAAUGCUUUCAGGCUUCCAGGAGGGGAGAGGCUGGGCCAUGACGGUGGAGAAACACCUGAGCUGAGUCCAUUUGUUCUGGUGAAGCUGCGCUUCCUCCCUCCUGUCCAGUUGGCAUCUUUAGUUCAGUCUGUUUUCUGCUCUUCUCUUUCCCUGCCUUUUGUUGAAAUCUAGAGCUCUAGAGCAUGGUAACAUAGGGCUUUUUUCAUCUUUCAUAUUAUUUAUGCUGUGAAUACUGUAGUUUGUAUGUGGCUGUAGUCUCAGGUCAGUGUAUUAGAUCUGUUACUUUGGGACCCAUAAGACUUCAUAAUAGUGUGGGCUUGAAAUGCAUUUGGUGGAGGUUCCCUUUGGAUUCCCUUUGGAUGUGGUGUGGUGAUCCAGCUCCUCCAUUUCCGUACAGAUAAAAUGGGAUAAUACCAGCCUGUGUCACGGUUGGCCAUCGGAAGUGUUGAAGCAAUGGGGACAUGAUCUGAUGUGAUGCAGUUUGUUCAGCCAGCUUCUCACCUGGUUUUGUUUCUAUGACAGGUGAGGUGCUCUGUGUCUGCAGGCAGCUUUCUGAUGGUUCUUCACUCAAUAUUGACUUAUGUCACCUUUCAGUUUUUAUUGCCAUUGCAGAGUUUAAAACAAGCCACAUACAUUUAGUGGUGGUUGCAAAUGCAAGUGUUUGUGGAUUUCACCCCCAUCUUCUUUGCAUCUCUUGAGCUUUAGCAGUUAAUGAAAAUGUUAACCUAAGUUAAUGUUCCUGUAUCCUGAUCCAGGUUGUUUAUUUGCAGCCUUUGGUGUGCUUCAGCAACCUGUCCUGUCAAAACUGAAUCUCUAGCCAGUGACUUUGUGGAUACUUAAACAGAAAAACAAGAAUCUUUGGUUUGUGCUGAAGAGGUUGAGGGGGAGCUGAUUGAAGGAGGUGCAGGCACUGCUCUGGGGGGAGACAGGAGGCCAGGUCACUGUGGGACUGUUGAGAAGCAGCAGCUUUAUUUGCUGAAGAAGUUUUUAGAAGUGCUGAGUUGGAUGCACAUUGCAUUAGGAUGUAGUUGGAAUUUUGGCCAGCUCUUGCGGUACAGCACGAGGGUACCCCUGGGCUGUCAGGAAGGCAAAAAGGAGUCCAAACUUCUUGCUCUGACUCCUUUCUUUUAUGGAUUUGUGAGAUGAGGAUAGCAGUUUUGUGACUCAAAGCUUUGGCUUCUCUCUGGUGGUCACUGCCGGAGUCGUUUCAUUAAGAAGCUAAACAAAUUGAAGUAACUCCUUGUAAAGAUGAACUCGAAUCUUGCUGUGCAUACGUGAGUCAUUCUUACAUGUUAACACCAGUCACGUGAUACGAGCAAUCAGAUGCUUAAUAAACCAAGUCAUUGCUUUUAUGGUAAAUUGAAAAAAGUUCUUCUGGGAUUUCAGCUGUAAAUGAAUCCUUGAAAAUCAAUAAUUAGAUUAGUAAAGGAUGACAUUUUAAUAUGCUGGCAGGAAUAUAGAGGGAUUUGUCAGGGGAAGCAAACCCAGACUUUGCACUAAAGUGGCUUAGGUAUAUUUAUAGUGCUAGUGAUUUUGUGUGUGUGCGUGUGUGUGGAAUCUUUGGACUAUUUUAAUAUGAUGUAAGGCUUUGAGCUUUAGCUAACUCGAGUUGCUCGUUUGAUGAAGUUCCAUUAGUACCACACUGUGAAGUAUUUUUAAAUAUUAGCAUUACUGAGUAUUGAAAGUAUUUCAUAAAGACAUUUUUUAAAGACAUUUUCUGUAGAUGCUGUCCGAUGAAUUGCUGUUCAGUGUACAAAGAAAUAAAACCCUGGAGGGCUGUAAGGUACCUGCGUGUUUCUGAUCACCUCGGGUUUGGAGGCGUUAGGGAUUUCUUGAGGUGAAAUUGUCAUUAAAACCUACUAAAAAUAAUGGUGCAGUUAAUCCUUUCAGAUAACAGGAAGCAGCAUUACCUCCAGCCACGCUUUUGAACUGUCUGAAAGGAUUUGCAAUCGCAUACGUUGUCUUCACAGACUUCUGUCUUCAGAAAUGCUGUACAGCACAGUGUUUUGCAAGGUCCUAUGCUGAUAAAUUUCUCUCCAUAUGUAACCUUUGAAGCUACUUUCUAUUGUAAUUCUAGCAUGUAAACACUAGAUUCAAUUUUGUAUUCCUCUAAUGAAUGCAACAGGAUGGAAACGAGUUUGCAAUUGCUAAUGAUGAGCUUUUUUACUGUUCUUAAUACUCGUGGGUAUGUCUUUUCUUCAGGGAUUUCAGAAUUGUCUUAGUACCUUUUUUAAUUGUUUUGUUCUUUCCACAUGCUGUUUACAAUGAAACUGCAAGCAUGGGAGGCUGUGUGUGCAUGUGCUUUUAGGUUGCUGUGCUGAACAAAACACAGUGGAGCAAUCUUACUUUAAAGGAUGCUUGCUUUUCCUUGUGUGCCACCCGUCUCCUUACACCCUCAUGGUAACUGGUACAGCAGAAGCCACUGGUGAGAUUAGUUCAGUGUGUUCGGUGGCAAUUUCACAUUUGUCAGAGGGUUGUUACAAGGAGUUUUGAGUCCAGCUCCUUACACGAGUAGCGUUACAACUGGUAGUUUAUUCCUGAGUGUUAGUGAGAAGGCAAAAACCAGACAAAAUCACAGGUAAGGAUGUGUACGUGUGUGUUUGUCAGAACUUUGUGCACCUUUUAAUGCUGGAAAUCGUUUCGUAUUAAAAGAUGAGGAAGAGGUGUGAGUGUGAAACCCCUGCUAUAAAGAACUAGGGAAAAAAUCCACCAAAGCAGAUUAGAAAAGCAAACAGGUGAAUUAGAGCCAGUCCCACCCUUAAGACUUUCUAAUGCUGUGUUUAAUUCUGACACAGUGGGGAGUAUCAGCGGCUGGGGCUGUGUUCCUCGAUGUUCCUCAUGUCUGCUGGGGUUUGCCCUGUUCUGAACUCUGCAGGAGAAGGGGAGGGGGGUGUGUUGGGGUGCAGGGCAGCUGAGGAAGAGUUAUGGUGGCUCCAGAAUAUGAUGUAUUUUGUGCCAACUCAGAAUUGCUGUUGAAAGACAGGGAAGAAGGGGUUCUUCUCCCCCGUCGUUUUAAUAGACAUUUCUGUAGCUGAUUUUUUUGACUCAGACUAAUAAUAAGCAGAACUACAGUUGAGCCAAAAACGACAAAUGUUACUGAUUUAAAAUAAUACUUGCAUAUUUUUCAAUAUUAAAUGGAACGAGAUAAAUCGGAAGCAUGUAAAUAUCUGAUUCUCAAUCUUUGCGUAAUUAUUUCCAAGAGGUAAUUUUGCUAUGAGCUGUUAAAACUCAAAGAAAUGUAUUAUUCCCUUUGAGAUGAUCUGUACCCUGCUGUGUCAUACGUCUCUUGGCUUGUUUCCUUAUUGCUGUAGAUGUAUAUACUUAUAUAUAUGUGUACUCGGUGGCUGUACCAUUACUGCCAUGUUAAAUUGCUUGCUUUAAAAUACAUAUGCAUAUAUAUGUAAAAUACGUAUAGGUAUUUAAAAUACAUACACACACCUAUAUAUGUAAAAUACAUAUAUGUAUUUAAAAUACAUAUACCCACAUAUAUAUGUAAAGUACACAUAUAUAUGUAUUUUAGCCCAGGCAGUUCACCAUGGCAGUAGUGGUACAGUCACACAAUUUAGGGCUUUGUACAAUAUGUAAUUUUAAGGGUGUCAAUGUGGUUCUUAGCGGAUUUUAUAAACACUUUUCUGACCCUGUCAUCAGCACUUCCCAUCCUCAGAGAAACUGCACAUUCUUCAGUGAUUGUUCCACUGGUUCCAUCUUUUUUUUGUCUGCCAUUUGUUCUGGAUUGAUGUAAUCUUGAUACUACUAAACUUUCAAGGGCUGUUGACCCAUUUCACAUAGCCUAGGAUUGCCUGUUCUCCAAAUGUAUGGAUCAUGCAUCAACAGUACUAAGUAGCCUUACUGUUUUGCCUAAAAGCCUAGCUAAUUUAUUUACUAUUCUCUCUUUAAAGAGAGGUCUCUGGAAAGGGGUAGCAUAUUUUGGGAUGCUCCUUCUCUUUAAAGGGAAACUCAGACUUUGAAUAGCAGUACUUGUUGAUCAGUGAUAUUAUUGUAGCCAAAGGAUGCAUGGGUGGUUUAAUAGGAAGUUUUUUGCUUCACGUUUCUUGAUGAGAUGUAGUGUUCUCCAGAGCUGUGUGAAGAGUGUAGUUUUUUAUUCUGAAAUGCACUUGUACACUUUAUUUGAACGGUCUGAAUGGAUCAUGAAUACAUUUAAGAAAUAAAUGAUACGUCACAUGUUUUCA